AUGAAGGGCUCGCUUUUAUCGGCCUUGACGGCGACCCUGUCGCUGUUCCCUGGCAUUGUGCAGAGCCAGCUCGUCGGCAUCCCGACGGUCCCCUUCACGCAGUCUGGCGAUGGCGGCUUUCAGCUCCGGCGCAUCAAGCGCAUCGUCGUGGACAGCAAGUUUGCGGACGAGCGCGACACCUCGGGCCUGACGCUCAUCCCGCCGACGCUGCACGACUUUGCCAGUACGUUUGCGCAGGACCUGCACGAGACGCUGGGGGUACAGGCCCGCGUCGUCGUCGAGGACUCUCCGUCUCGGCAUGGCGCCGACGGUGACGCCGUCUUCCUCACGCUUAGCAGCGACAAGAGUGCCUUCCGCGACGCGGCUGGGCGGCCCACCGCAGAGGGCUACUCCCUGACGGCGGACGGGGCCGGCAGUGGUGGCAGCAUCGUCAUCUCCGGAGCGAGCCCGCUCGGCGCCUGGUGGGGCACCCGGACGGUCCUCCAGCAGGCCGUGCUCCGGCUCGGCUCCGGCUCCGGCUCCGGCUCCGGCUCCGGCUCCAGCUCUGGCGAUACCGGCGCGACGUUCCCGCUCGGCACCGGUGUCGACGCCCCCGGCUGGGGCGAGCGUGGCAUGAUGCUCGACUGCGCGCGGCACUUCUACCCCAAGGAGUUCCUCGCCGACCUGUGCUCGUACAUGUCCUUCUUCAAGCAAAACACGCUGCAGCUGCACCUCAGCGACAACAUCAUCGCGUCGCACUACACGCCCGACAACUUCCGCGACCUGUACGCGCGCUUCCGCCUGUGGUCGGAUGGCGAGGCGGUGCGCGGGCUCAGCACGCACCGCAACGAGUCGUACUCGCGCGACGAGUUCGACUGGAUCCAGCGCCGGUGCGCGGCACGAGGCGUGGCCGUCCUGCCCGAGAUUGAGGCCCCCGGCCAUGCGCUGCCCAUCGUCCAGUGGAAGCCCCAGGUCGGGUACGAGGGCGACCUGAGCCUGCUGAACAUUUCGCACCCCGACACGAUCCCCACGAUGAAGACCAUCUGGAAGGAGUUCCUCCCGUGGUUCCACUCCAAGGUCGUGUCCAUCGGCGCGGACGAGUACCUGGGCCCGGAGAGCGAGUACAAGAAGCUCGUCAACGCGCUCGACACCUUUAUCCAGGGCGAGUCCGGCAAGACGAUUCGCAUUUGGGGCACGUUCCCUCCAAAGAAAGGGACGCCGUCGGCGGAUGAAAUCUCGACCGAUGUUUCCAUCCAGCACUGGGCCUACGCCUUCGACAACCCGCUGAACGACUACCUCAAGAACAACUACUCGGUCAUCAACUCGGACGAGAUGUACUACGUCGUGAUCAAGUGCUGCGCCUACGCGCGGCGCGUCGACAUCUCCAAGACGUUCACGGGCGACCCGGCGGACAAGGGGCCCUGGCGGCCCAACAUCUUCAGCACGACCAAGGCGGCGGACAACGCGCCGCGCGACGAGCCCCUGAUCCAGGGCGCCAUCACGCCCAUCUGGAACGACCGCGGGGCCAACACGAGCGUCUACUCGGAGGCGUACUACGCCUGGCAGGACGGCAUCCCCGCGCUGGCGGACAAGCAGUGGGGGGGCAACCUGACGAGAAGCCAGUUCGACAAUGUGUUUCCCAAGCUGCAUGGCCCCGUCGUGCCGGCGCAGAACCUCGAGCGCACGGUGCCGUCUCGUGGCAGCACCAUUUUCAAGUACGACCUGAGCCGGCAGCGAUCCAAGUGCAUCAAGGACCUGUCGCCCAACCGGUACCACGCAAAGACGACGUGUCGAACGACUGGCUCAUCCGUUCGCAUCGCGCCGGAAUGUUCCGUCACGACGCCCCUGGAGUCCAAGGGGCGCAACUACACGCUCUCCCUGACCAUCAAGGUCGACAAGCUCGACGAUCCGACAAACACAACCAUCCUGACGGGCGGCGACUCGACGCUGAUGCUGACGCCAAACCUCACCCUUUUCGCGGCCGGCAUCCACUUUCGACUCGACAAGGGCAUCCCCCUGAAGGAAUGGGUUACAGUCAAGAUAGUUGGCCGCGGGGAGCAGACGUUCGCGUCCGUAGAGUCCAAGUCGGGCGGGUCGACGGGCGAGAUGGAGUUCCAGGCGGGCAUCACGCAGGGCGACAAGGCGGGCACGAUCAAGUGGUUCCCCGUGGCGGUGGAGGCGCCGAUCCGGGCGGUGACGGGGUGGACGGGGGAGCUGCGGGCGCUGAGCCUGACGGGCGAGGCAUGA